UGAUAUAACCGACUGCAACACCAACGAAGAAGAAAGUGGAACCGGAAGUGGCGCAACGGAGGAUUGUUGACAAAUCCAGCUAGCAUUUGCUAGGUGGCAUGGUAUUUCAUUGACGUUUCUACUAAGGCUUUUGGUCAUAAUGAGUUCUCUAGACGACAGGCAUGGAACAAAACGACCAGCAUCUCCAGAUGACGAUGAGUCUACCCAGUGGUCAUCAGCUGAUCUGGGAAGCAAUGAAAGGAAGCAGAAGUUUUUACGUUUGAUGGGCGCCGGCAAGAGGGAACCCACUGGACGCCUCGUCAUUGGCGACCACAAGUCGACGUCUCACUUCCGCAGUGGGCCGGAAGAUAGGAGAAUGAACGAGCAGCUAGAGAUGCAGUACCAGCAGAGCAUGGACGGGAAGCUGUCCGGACGGGACCGGAGACACUGUGGUCUGGGAUUCAGUGAGCCUGAGCCCGAGUUGUUGCCCUCUCCACCGGUGGACAGUCAGACCAAAUCAACAGAGCCAGAGAAGUCCACCAGUGAAGAGGAACCCACAGACGCCCAGGACAACGGCAGCGACUCCAACUCAAAGGAACAGACCUCGGAUCAGUCUGAGUCCAGCUCAGAGAGUAGUGAUGACGAACGGAAACACGGAAGCACAAAGGCCUUUGUGAAGUCAGCGUAGGGAGAAAUUUGUUUUUGUAAUCUCAAAUUUGUACAUUUUGACGUUUUUUGUUCAACUGUAGGCGACCACACAUCAGUUUAGUCUGUUACUGUGUAGAAACGGGUUCUCUAUACACGUGCUCAUCAUUGGGAGGCAUCCUGGAGUGCAUGUUGUCAAAGAAUCAAGUCUGCAGGCUGAAACGUCAGCUUCUUUUGGUUUGAGUGGUGGUACAUCAAAUUAAGAUGGCAAAGAGUCCCACUUUUAUUUUUGUUUGAACAUUUCAACAGUCACUUAAUUUUGCCAUAAACAGUUUUGGAUGAAAUGGGAUUGCUUGCCAUUCAGCAGAGUCGGUAUGCACAUUUUACAUUUUGUGAAUUCUUGUUUGAAAACCAAUAAAAAAGAAGUGCCAGUUUCACACGUGCUGUUCUUCACAGUACGACUGCAGCUGCCCUCAGACAAACGAUGUGGUUUUUAUGCAAGACUGUUUUGUUUUUUUGCAUUAUGAAUUCUUGUAGAUGCAUAAAUAAAUGUGUUGUGCAGGAAAGUGACCCAGGUAACAACAUGUAUUCAAACAUUUAAGAGAAAAUGUUUAGUUUCACUUUUAUUCUUUACUAAAUGUCAUCAAUCGACACUCAAUAAUGUCGAAGAGAAAACAGGAUUUUAGAAAUGUAUCAUAAAGACAUCAGUGUUGCUGUGACGUGACA